AUGGUGAAGUACUUUUCUGUGGACUGGCUGGCUCAGAGCCAUCACAGCACCGCUAACACAGAGGCGCACGGCGACGGCGUGGGCGCUGCGCCAAAUAACAGGCGCCACAUCCCCUGCAUGGUGCCUCCGCGCCCGCCGGCCUUCGGUGAAGGUCACCUGCAUCCAAAGCAGCGGAAGACAAAGGCCGAACUGGAUGUGGAGGGACCGAGUUUACCCACGCAUCCACAAAGCUGCGCAUCACCAAAUUCCGAAACCGGCGGGUAUUCCUCUGGGUACGACAGCGAGGCGGCGGGUCACUGCGCCGAAGAAGCGGAGAGGGACGACGCGCAGCGCCGCGUGCGCACCAAGUUCACCCCCGAGCAGAUCAGCAAGCUGGAGCAGAUCUUCAACAAGCACAAGUACGUGGACGCGCGGGAGAGAGUGAAGACUGCACAGAGGCUCAAUCUCACCGAGACUCAGGUUCGAACCUGGUUUCAGAACAGGAGGAUGAAGCUGAAACGAGAGAUGCAGGACUACUUCGCUCCCCAGGUCCCACCGAUGAUGUAUCGGGCUCUUCCACGGUUUCAGUACCUCAGUGCGGCCGGGCACCAGUCACCUUUUUACCCCGUGCCCGUGCAGCAUGUGGUCCUCCAUCCGAACCUCAUGACCCACAACUCACAUGUCUACUGA